AUGAUUCCAGGUCAAGGAGUGCGGCUCAGUGGUGGCAGCGAUCUCUGCUCUGGGAGAGUUGAAGUACUGCGUGGGAGCAGCUGGAACACGGUCUGUGAUGCUGGCUUCGACCGGCAGGAUGCAGAGGUUGUCUGUCGGCAGCUGCAGUGUGGAAUUCCUCAAGAGGUGCUUGGCGCUGCACGUUUCGGUAAGGGGCAGGGUCUGGUCUGGUCACAGGAGAUCCAGUGCAGGGGAAAUGAGUCCGGGCUCCAUGUCUGCCCCACCUCAUCCGGGGAGCAGCCAAGCUGCACACAUGCAAACGAUGUGGGCCUUGUCUGUAUUGGGUACAGGCUGGUGAAUGGCUCUGAUUCCUGUUCUGGGCGAGUGGAGCUGCAUCAUGAAGGAGUCUGGGGGACGGUCUGCGAUCACUAUUGGGGUCUGCAAGAUGCCAACGUUCUCUGUCAGCAGCUGAAUUGUGGAUAUGCUGUAGCCGUCCUUGGACAGGCCCAUUUUGGAGAAGGUAAUGGCCCAAUAUGGACUGAUGAAUUCAGCUGUGAAGGCAAGGAGACACACUUAUCAAAGUGCCCCAUCUCUGCAUGGAGACACAAGCCAUGCACUCAUACGAGCGACGUGGGAAUUGUUUGUUCUGCACAGGCAGGUCGAGUCCAGUUGGCAGCUGGACCGAGUCGCUGUGAAGGACGGGUGGAAGUUUACUACAACAGAACCUGGGGGAGAGUUCUCUACAGCUCCUGGGGCAACAAAGAGGCUUCCGUGGUGUGCAGAGAGCUGGAUUGUGGCUCUGCAAUGGAAGUCUCUAACUCCUCUCGAUACGGGACAGGGGAUAGUGAUGUGUGUCUGACAGACAUUCGCUGCACUGGGGAUGAGUCCCAUCUGAUAAACUGCAGCCUUCCACAACAAGUCAGCUGCAGUACCAGUGACAGUGUGGCUGUGCGGUGCACUAGUGAGUAUCACACGGCCCUCAGGCUAGUGGGGGGAGGAGGUGCCUGCGCUGGGAGGGUGGAGGUUUAUCACAACGGCUCCUGGGGGACGGUCUGCGAUGACUCCUGGGACCUGGAAGAUGCUGAGGUGGUGUGUAAGCAGCUCCAGUGUGGGACGGCACUCAGAGCCACAGUGUCCGCUUCUUUCGGCCAGGGAACCGAUCCCAUCUGGCUGGACGAACUGCGCUGUCAGGGGAACGAAUCGACUCUGUGGGAGUGUGCCUCAGGAGAGUGGGGGCAACACGACUGCAGACACAAGGAGGACGCGGGAGUCGUGUGUUCAGAGUUCAAGGAUCUUAGGCUGGCUGAAGGCUGCUCUGGACCAAUAGAGGUCUUCUACAAUGGCACCUGGCGCAGUGUCUGUGGCAACAGAAUGACACAGAUUACAGCUACAGUGAUAUGUCAGCAGCUGAACUGUGGAGAAAGUGUUGCCAUUAGAGAAGCAAAUUCCAGGCUGAGUUCUGAUGACAAAUGGCUUGAUGAAGUGAACUGCAGAAAACACGACUCUACACUGUGGCGGUGUCCAUCCUUACCCUGGGGUCAGACAAAUUGCUUUAACAAUGAGGUGGCUGCAAUUGAGUGCAAAGAGAAAGAGAAGCCACCUGUCACCAGCAUACCCAAGCCAUGUUCUGAAGACCUCACUCAGGAGCACUGCUCAGAGCCAGCACAGCUGAGGCUAGCUGGAGGCUCCAGUCCCUGCUCCGGACGGGUGGAGGUGCGGUUCGAGGGCUCCUGGGGGACAGUCUGCGAUGACUCCUGGGACCUGGUGGACGCCCAGGUGGUCUGCAGACAACUAGGCUGUGGGGCGGCGGAGAGCGCAGGGGGGGGUGAGGCUAAGUUUGGACAAGGGGACGGUACCAUCUGGUUGGACGAGGUGAACUGCAGGGGCAGCGAGAUGCACCUGUGGGACUGCCGGCACGCUCCGCUGGGACACAAUGACUGCUACCACAAAGAGGAUGCGUGGGUUACCUGUGCAGGACCCUCUGCACCCAAUCAGAGAGACAUGACCAUCCCAUUGAUAGCCUGCAUCGUGCUGGGAGCUCUGCUCUUUGUGGUGCUGGUCCUGUUAGCCGGGCAGCUGCAGAACAACAGGAUGCUGAGGAGAGGGAUUGCUGAGGAGCUUGACCCCUUCCAUGAAGCCGUUUACGAGGAGAUCGAGUACAAACUGGCCAGACAGGGAACCUAUGGUGCUCCCAGGAGAGGGAGUUUCCUUUCUGAUCAGCUGCCCUCUGACUACGAUGAUGUGGAGGACAGCGAGGGGAACCCCAUCCCAGGUGAAUCGAUGCCCUCUCUGGAAGGAGAGCCCCCAGGGUACUAUGACGAUGCCGUCCCUUUGAACAGCAACCCAGAAGAUUUAUCAGGGAGUUUCCUUCCUGACGAACUUCCCUCUGGCUACUAUGACGUGGAGGACAGUGAGAGGAACCCCAUCCAAGGUUCUCCCCUCACUCCCCCUGGAGAGGAGAGUGCCCGGGCUGCACUGCCUCCUGAAGAAGGAGCCGCUGCACCUGACAGGACUGACUACGAUGAUGUUGGGGAGGAGUCUCCAGGAGAGGCCGGGGCGCUGUGAGGCUGGCAGUGUGUCUGGGAGGAGAACAGAGGGGCAGCUGGAGCCCCCUAGAGUUCUAGAUCUGUAAGAGCGCCAUUAACUGUAAACCUGCCAGGCAGUUUCACUGCAGUUCCAGCCUUCCUCUGGGAUUUCACUGUGAAACUCCACUGGCUGAAUAUUUAGCAAGCUUCUUAUGAAAGUGCUUCAUGUGAAAUAUGAAUGUUGCCCUUUAUGCUGCAAAAUUGAAUUUUGUUACAAACAAGCUGGUUACCAAAUUAGUAAACAUGUCCCGAACGCUAAUUGAACUUUGAAAGAAACUAAGAAAUUAUAUUUUCCCAAGAAAAAUAAACCAUCAAAUUACAAAUGUU